AAAACAAAAACAAGCAGACUUGAGAUCAAAGAUCAUGUCAUUAAGUCCAAGAGACCCUCUUGUGGUGGGAAGAGUUGUAGGAGAUGUUGUUGAUCCUUUCACGAGAUUGAUUUCUCUUAAGGUUACUUAUGGCCAAAGACAGGUUUCUAAUGGAACGGACUUAAGGUCUUCUCAAGUUCUAAACAAACCAACGGUCGAGAUUGGAGGAGAUGACCUCAGAAAUUUCUACACUUUGGUUAUGGUGGAUCCAGAUGUGCCAAGUCCAAGCAAUCCGUACCUCCGAGGAUAUCUCCAUUGGUUGGUGACAGAUAUACCUGCCACAACUGGAACAGCUUUUGGCAAUGAGUUGGUGUGCUACGAGAAUCCAUGUCCCACUUCAGGAAUUCACCGAGUCGCAUUGAUAUUGUUCCGACAACUCGGAAGACAAACGGUUUAUGCACCCCAGUGGCGCCAAAGGUUCAACACUCGUGAGUUCGCUGAGAACUACAAUCUUGGUCUCCCCGUGGCUGCUGUUUACUUCGACUGUCAAAGAGAGAAUGGCUGCGGAGGAAGAAGAACCUCGUAGAUAUAUAUAUGCCCCCAUCUCAAGUAACCUAAUUAGAUGUUUAUCUAGAGGUUCUUGUAAUAAAUAUAUUAUUAGAUAAACAAAAAGAGGUGAUGCAUCAUGCAUGUUGACAUCUAAAUAAAGUACUUUUAUAUGAAUAGUUGAGAGGGAGGAAUAGAAUGAAAAUGUCCUUACGUGUAUGGUAUGUGAUGCGACAUUUAAUUUCAAUCUAAGUAUUCAACGUUACAUA